UGAAAAAAAUGGCUAUGUACAUGCAUAUGUGUGUGUAGAUAGCAUAGAUGAAUAACAUUAAAAAAAACUUUAAUUAAAAUAUUUAAAUUGCCUCAAAAAGGUUUUUUUAAUAAAAGUUUUUUAUUGAAAAGAAAAUUGUUUAAUUCAGUUUGCCCACAAACUAAAAUUUUCCAAUCUUAAGAUAUACGGAGUUUUGAAAAUUUUAUCAAUUGCAUGUGUAUUUUUAAAAAAUAUGGAGUUUAAAAUGGAGUACUUACCAUGAUCCAAACACAACCCUAUAUGUUUCUCUAAAAAUGCAAUCCAAGGCACCACAAGUCAUAUAACAACAACCUUUGAAUCACUUUCCCAUUGUAUGCUGUUUCAACUCAUUCUCAUUUAUUUAUUUAUUUUUAUUAUUUUUUGGAGAUUUUUAGAAGAAAAAAGGAAGGGCAAUUUGUGUACACACUUCGAAGUCACCGAAGUAACAUGGCACUCAGACGAUAUUUUUAGAAUAAAAAAGGAAGGGCAAUUGGUGUACACUUCGAAGUCACCGAAGUAACAUGGCACUCAGAUGCUACAACAGUUGGUUUGGUUUUGGCUUGAGACCAAACAGGAACGAUGAGGUCUUCUUAAAUAACGGAGCUGAGUUAUUAGAAGAGUUAAUUACUUAUUCCGAAGGUAAAAGUAGCCCAAUCCGCAUCUUUUCCGCGCAAGAGCUUGAGAAGGCAACUAACAACUAUGCAGACGACCUAUUUUUUUGUGAAGAAACAUUGUACAAAAUGUACAAGGGAACCAUCGAUGGUCGAGCUAUUAUCGUUUCUAAGUCACAACAGUCCGAUUUCAUUUCCGUCUCCAGAGCCUAUGAAGUUGCAGUACUAUCCCGAAUUAACCAUGUGAACAUAUUGAAGAUACUCGGAUGUUGCCUCGAGAUCGAAAUUCCAACAAUCGUGUAUGAUUUCUUCUCCCAAGAGACUCUUUAUGACCGUAUCCACAAAGCUGGAAGUUCAUGCUAUAUUUCAUGGGAAAAUUGCUUAAAGAUUGCGACAGGAGUGGCGUAUGGACUUACCUAUUUGCAUAUAGACAUGGCGACACCAAUCAUUCAUAGGAAUAUAAAAUCUAGAAAAAUUUUGUUGGACGAACAUUCUAAUGUCAAAAUCAUUGGUUUUGAUUUGUCACUGCCUAUGCCCUUGGGUGAAACAGAGACAGAAUGCUCGGUUCUCGGGACCUAUGGGUAUGCUGAUCCAUGUUAUGUGGCGAAGGGGCUAGUAUCAGAAAAAAGUGAUGUUUACAGCUAUGGGGUAGUUGUGUUGGAGAUUUUAACCGGAAAGAAGGAUAGAGAGCUUUGGGAGUCGGCUUCUGAGUUUGCUGAAUGCACAGAAGAGAAGCUUGUUGGCUUUGCUGAGGCAAUUCUUCUUGAAGAAGGGAAGAAAGAUCAACUGAAGGCAUUUGCACAGCUUGUUAGGAGAUGCCUUUCGGGAAGCUGGGAGGAGAGGCCUACAAUGAAGGAAGUUGUUCAAGAACUCCGACGAAUUAAAGGGUUAUGAAAGUUUCAAGAAAGCCCUGCUCUUUAAUCACCAUGUCUACUUUAGGAUGUACUAAGAUACAUUUUCUCCAUAGUCAUAGCUAUGGCUCAGAUGUUUCAACUGAAUAUCCAGUCCAACUUUGUGGGGCCUACCAGAAUGGGCCCAAAACGGCUAUCCAAGCCAUUAAAGUGAAACUUCUUAUGAAAAAUAACCAGAAACAAAUUGUUUU